AUGCCAACAUUAAUAGAAGCAGGUAUAUUCCUGACUUGUAUACUUUUAAUAAUAUAUUUAUCUAAGAAUCAAAUAUGUGCCUUUUUAUCAACAAACAAGAAACAAUUAAGUGAUAAAGAAAGAUCACCAUCAUAUUCAGAAAAAUCUAAACCACAACCACCACCAAACACAAUUCCAAAAUCAAAAACUGUAUAUGGAUCAAAUGAAAGUAUGCCUGUACCAACACCUUUAAUGAUAAGACCAGAAGAAGUUCAAAAUUAUGAUGAUAGACCAUGGAGACCUUUUAGAUGGCCAUAUCAUCAAACAAUGUCAAUUUUUAAAUUAGAUAUAAAUCAUUGGUUAGAUAUGGAUAAAUAUUAUCAUCAUUUUAUUACUGAAAAAAAUAGAAUUAGAAUUAAAUAUGGUAAACAAAAUUUUGAUAUGUUACCUGAAGGUGUUGAAGCAUGUACUGAAUUAAUGGAAAUGGUUGUUGAUCAUAUGUUAAUUAGAUAUCCUUUAUUAUUUACAAUUAUAAAAGAUGGUUCUUGGCAAAAAGAAGGUAAAAUUAUAAGAAAUGAAGUUACUAAAGAAGUUAUUGAUAUGACAUUACCAUUAAAAGAAGCACCUUUAAUUUAUGUAUCUAAAUUUGCAAAAGAAGAUUUUUAUGUUGUUUUAAAAAAUGAGAAAGAUGGUUUACAUUAUUUAGUUGGUGGAGCUGUUCCUUUCUCGGGUGGUAGUUUUAGUGUUAGUGAUAAAAUGGGUCAACAUAUUGAUGCAAUACAUGAAGAUGUACCAUAUUAUAAAACAAGUUUAAAAAAAUCAAUGGAAAGAUGGUUUAGUAAAAUGAGACCAGAAGAUCCAGUUGAAAGAGCAAGUUAUUAUAUAACAUGGGAUACAAAAUUAAAAUGGAAUAAUGUUUUUCAAUUAGAAAAAUUUUUCCCAAAUUUAUACAAGGAUUUAGAUGAAAGUGAUCCAAAACAAUUUAAUGUAAGAGUUGAAAGACAAACAUUAAGAAGAUUACCUAAAACUCAAGCAAUAAUUUUUACAAAUCAUCCAGUAUUUUAUUCAAUUGAAGAAAUGAAAGAUGAACCAAUGAUUCCAUCAUUAAUUAAAAAAAUCCUUUAUGAAGGUCCAGAAGAUAUUUUAAAAUAUAAAAAUUUUGAAAUGAUAAGAGAUAAAUUAUCUCCUUAUUUAGAUUCAUUAAUUGAAAGACAAAUUUCAAUGGGUAUUAUAACUAAUGAAACUCCUUUAAAAACUCAACCAAAUUAUCCUUUUGCUUAUUGGGUAAAAGAUAAUAAAACUCAAUCUGAAUUUGAAGGUUGGAAUAAUCCAAGUCCUGCUUAUAAUAAAAAACAUAUGAAAACUGAAGGGUUUGAUGCAUCAAAAUUAAAUGAUAAUGAAUAA